CCAUACAUUUAUAUUAUCUGCUGCGGACUUCCCUACAGUAGAUACAGUGGACUCUCUCGCUAUGGACGUUCUGAUCAGCUCAAUCAACGUCCGGGAGCUUCUCUCCUCGCCGGAAUCUCCUUCCUCGCCGCUGUCAGCGCCGGAUCUCCGCCUCCUCAUCUCCCGCCUCGAUGCCCACUCCCUCCGGAUCAAAUCCACCGUCCAAUCGUACCUCCUCUCCCACCAUUCCGACUUCUCCGCCCUCUUCUCGAGCUGCGCCGACGUCGUUUCGAAGUCGGAGAAUCUCGCCGAGGAUUUCGCCGCGCUGCUGAGCCUCGCGUGCGAUCAGCCGGUGGAGGCGGAGGUGGGGAGGAUCGUGAGGGAGAUUGUGGAGAAGAGGCGGGAGGCGCGGGAGAAGAGGGAGAUUCUGGAGUUUUUGGGGGUGGUUUUGGAAUUGGAUCGGAAAUUGGCGGUGGUUAGGGAGGAUGUGAGGCGUGGGAGGGUGGUGGAGGCGGCGGAGGGGCUUAGGGAGCUGAAGGAAGCUCUUGGAGUGAAGGGCGGUGGCGAUGCGAAGACCGCGGCGGAAGGUGAGCCGGCGGUUUAUGCGAUUCUCAGAAAGCAGUGGGCGGAUUGUUUCGAGGAGAUUCAAGGGCUACUUCUGAGGUUUAUGGAGAACGCUGUGCGGUUUGACCAGGAUACAAACACGGUUCAUGUAAAGUAUCAGAUAAGCGUUGAUGGAAUUAAUGGUCUAGAGCUAUCCACUAUUAUGAAUGCUAUGGAUGUUGCUGGGGUCCUUGAUUAUGGGCUUGCUAAAAUUGCAGAUCUGAUCACGAAAUACGUUUUUACACCGGUAGUGAGUUGCAAAGCAAAUCCUGUUGUUGAAGAAGAAAACAGCCAGGAGUCUGACAAUGUCAGAGAAGCAGUUCUUAAAAUGGUUCCAUCUGUUGAGCCCGAGGGAAACAAGGUAGACGGUGAACUUAUGUACUCCAACAUCGUUCGGAUCAUUGAUUUUUUCAGCAAAUGUUUAUGCUUCAACAAUGGCUCUUGGAUGUGCUGUUUUGGAAGGUUGACUUGGCCGAGGAUGUCAGAUAUGAUAAUUUCAAAUUUCUUGGCCAAGGUUGUUCCUGACGAUGCUUCCAAGCUAGCCGAGUUUCAGCAAAUCAGGAAACUAACAAUUGAUUUUGAGAUCGCUUUGAAGGAACUUAAGUUCAUAUCUUCAUCGAAUGAUAAAGAUCAUAAGCUGAGUAGUUUUGCUGACAAUGUUGAAGUGCACUUUGCAUCGAGAAAGAAAGUUCAAAUAUUGGCUAGGGCCAGAAAUAUGCUUCUGCAAUCUGAUUUCAGCCUUCCUCAGGACUAUGCUACGAGAACAUCGCGGGCCAAUAAAGAAGAGAGUGCUGAUUCCAAUCGUGUUAUUUUGCUUUUUUCAUCCGAAGAAUGUGUGGUGUCUGUAUCAGCUAAAGAACUAAUGGAGCUUGUGCACCAAACCUUGAAGGAUGUAUGUGUGUCACCUCCGAAAGUGGCAUUGGAAUUCUACCAUGCUGCUAGAAAUGCUCUAGUACUUUACGAAGCGAUCAUCCCCGUGAAGCUUCAAAGGCAGCUUGAUACCAUUAACCAGGCGGCUGUUCUCAUGCACAAUGACUGUCUUUACCUAUCUCAGGAGAUUCUUGGGCUUGCGUUUCAGUAUCGUCCAUACUUUCCUAGUUCUAUUAAAGACCUUGCUGUAUUUAUUGAUUUGGCUCCCAAAUUUCAACUCCUGGCUGAAGAAGUUUUGCAGCGUCAAAUUCAGCUUGUUAUGUCCAACUUAAAUCAGGCUAUCGAUGGAGCCAACGGAUUCCAAAAUACCCACCAAAUAAAGCAGUUCGAAUCUGCCAAAUUUUGCAUCGACCAGAUUGCAUUCGUAAUUGAGAAAGUGCACAUCAUCUGGGAACCUUUGUUACUUCCUUCCGUUUAUGAGAAGAGUAUGACCGUGAUUCUAGAGUCAGUCUUUACAAGACUUGCAAAAGAGAUACUUCUUAUAGAUGACAUGGCUGCCGAAGAAACAUUGCAGCUACAAAGACUGAUUCAGCUGCUGUUCGAGCAUCUAUCCUCUUUACUCGAGCCCAUGUUGGCCGGGGACGAGAGAGAGAAGUCACAAGAGGCUCAAAAGGACAUGGAUAAUCUUAUACUAUCCAUUCGGAAGCUGAGAAAGUUGGCCGAACUCUUGGAUAUGCCUCUGAAGUCCAUUACCGAUGCCUGGGAAAGCGGUGAACUUGCUGAUUGCAACUUCAAAGCAUCAGAGGUCAAAGAUUUCAUUCGAGCAAUCUUUACAGAUUCACCUCUGAGAAGAGAAUGCUUGUUCAGAAUAGAAAACACAAACUUAAGAUGAAAGAAGAAAGGCGACCUCAUUUGGAUUCGCUGGCCGAACAGAUCAAGACUUGAAGUGAAUCAACGACCUCAUAACCUGUGGGAGUCGGGAGGCGAAACAAGCUCUCUACAAAACGAUGGAAAAUGUGACCGCAGCGUCUAGAAGAGGCUUGUCCAAGAGUUACUCCACAUUUCUGAUUUAGCUCAUUUUGUGAUUUAGGUUUUUUCAAAAGAAAACAGUUUUGAGUAUAUGCAGUGAUACAGAAAUAGAAAAUCCUAUCCUUUUGUUUGAAAAAGUAAUAUGAUCCACAGACUUGAGAAA